CUGCCAGAAGUGAAAGCAUUUGAAGAGUUUUACCGUGUGCCUGUUUACAUCAGGGCAUUAUACGAUGCUUUAAAUCAGAAAAAAACAUCAGUGUUAAGUAUUAAAUAGUAAUAUUUGUAGUUGCCUCUACAGGAAUUUACAUGGUGGGGAAACACUUGAAGAGAAACUACGAACAUGGGAACCUUUGUGAUUUUGAUCAGAGUGAUUGAACAUUAGUCAGACGUACCUGUGCGGCUACAUUCAGACUGAAUCAGUCAUGGAGGACAAAGAAACAUUUGACAAUCACGAUUUUUCUCCAGGAUGCAGGCAGAGGUCAAACUCACUGGAGCCCGGCUGUGUGUCCAUGAAGAUUGACCAGUCUAAGGAAAACAUAGGAACAUUUAAAGGAAAAUGCACAUCUACAGAUCUGAGAACUUUGUCCAUGAGAAGUGAUCGUUCUAAAGACAACAUAAUAACAUUUGGAGAAAAACACACAUCACCUGAUCUGAGAUAUUUGUCCUUGAGAAGUGACCGUUCUAAGGACAACAUUAUAACCUUUGAAGAAAAACACACAUCACCUGAUCUGAGAUAUUUGUCCUUGAGAAGUGAUCGUUCUAAGGACAACAUAAUAACAUUUGAAGAAAGACGCAAAUCAACUGAUUUGAGUCAAUUUCAAUGGCAGAGAUCAGACUCACAGGAGCAAAGCUGUGUGUCCAUGGAAAGUGAAGCGUCUAUGGGAGAGUCAGUAAUAUUUAAUGGGAAAAGCAAAUCAAAUCUGAGUUGUGACUCUCAACUGAUCCAAGGCACAUUCAAAUCAAAUCUUAUAAAGACAUUUCAGUGUCUGUAUGAAGGAAAAGACAAGCAGGGAAACCCAACACUCCUGACCGAGACCUACACAGAGCUCUACAUCACAGAGAGUGAAAGUGGAGAGAUCAAUAAUGAGCAUGAGGUGAGACAGAUUGAGACACAGUCCAGGAGAGCAGCAACCGAUGACACACCAAUCAAAUGCAAUGACAUCUUUAGAGCUUUACCUGGACAAGGCAAAGCCAUCAGAACUGUGCUGACAAAGGGAGUUGCUGGCAUUGGAAAAAUGGUCUCUGUGCAGAAGUACAUUGUGGACUGGGCUGAAGGGAAAGAGAAUCAGGACGUCCAGCUCAUAUUUCCACUUCCUUUCAGAGAGCUCAACUUGAUGAAGGACAAAACACUCAGUCUUUUAGAUCUUCUUCAUGACUUUUUCCCUGAAACAAAAGAAAUUCAAAUAUCUAGUAGCGAAUAUAAAGUGUUGUUCAUCUUCGAUGGUCUGGAUGAGUGUCGUCUGUCUCUGGAUUUUCAGAGUGAUGUGAGGUUGUGUAAUGUGAGUGAAUCGGCCCCAGUGAAUGUGCUGCUGAUGAACCUCAUUGUGGGGAAUCUGCUUCCCUCUGCUCUCAUCUGGAUCACCUCCAGACCAGCAGCAGCUGAUCUCAUUCCCUCUGAGUGUGUCCAUCGAGUGACAGAGGUACGAGGCUUCAACGACCCACAGAAGGAGGAAUACUUCAGGAAGAGAAUCAGUGAUCAGAGUCUGGCCGACAGGAUCCUCUCACACCUGAAGUCAUCAAGGAGCCUCUUCAUCAUGUGCCACAUCCCAGUGUUCUGCUGGAUCUCAGCCACUGUUCUGGAGAAGAUGUUGAGUGAAGCAGAGAGUGGAGAGAUUCCCAAAACUCUCACUCAAAUGUACACACACUUCCUGAUCCUUCAGACCUGGGUCAAACAUGAGAAGGACUAUGAGAAGAAAGGUAAAAAUGAAGACAUGAUUGUCAAACUGGGGAAACUGGCUUUUCAGCAGCUUGUGAAAGGCAACCUGAUCUUCUAUGAGCAAGACCUGAGAGAGUGUGGCAUUAAUGAGACAGAAGCAUCAGUGUACUCAGGAUUGUGCACUCAGAUCUUCAGAGAGGAGUUCGGCUUGUUUCAGGGGAAAGUCUUUUGCUUUGUUCAUCUGACCAUCCAGGAACAUCUAGCUGCUCUAUAUGCACACCGCUCCUUCACACAUGACAACAUCAAUGUGUUUGAUCAAACUAAACAAAGUUUAUUGUCUAAGAAUCUUAAGAAAUAUGCUUCAUUAUCCGAGCUGCAUCAGAGAGCAGUGGAUGAAGCUUUACAGAGUAAGAAUGGACAUCUGGACCUUUUCCUGCGUUUUCUUCUGGGACUCUCAUUGGAGUCCAAUCAGACUCUCUUACGAGAACUACUGAUACAGACAGGAAGCUGCUACUACAAAAAAGAGGAAAUAGUUCAGUACAUCGAGCAGAAGAUCAGGAAGAAUCAAUCUCCAGAGAAAUCCAUCAAUCUGUUCCACUGUCUGAAUGAACUGGGUGAUGAUUUACUGAUGCAGGAGAUCCAAGAUUAUCUGACAUCUGGAAAAAUAAAACAAUCCGAACUCUCCUCUACACAGUGGUCCGCUCUGGUGUAUGUGUUACUGACAUCAGAACAGAAGUUGGAUGUUUUUAUACCAAAAAAGUUUAUUGGAUCCCAACAUACAGCAGUUGAAGUUCUUCAGAAGCUGCUGCCGGUGGUUAAAGAAUCCAGAUCAGUUCUGAUGUAUGAAUGUGGAGUCACAGAUAAAAUUUGUGCUGCUCUGGCUUCAGCUCUGAUAUCAAACCCCUCACACCUGAGAGAACUGGAUCUGUCUAAGAAUAACCUUGGGGACUCAGGAGUGAAGCUGCUCUCCGAUGGACUGAAGGAUCCUCACUGUAAACUGGAGACAAUGAUGUUGAGUGAUUGUGGAGUCACAUGUGAAGGUUGUCCUGCUCUGACUUCAGCUCUGAAAUCAAACCCCUCACACCUGAGAGAAUUGAAUCUGACUGGAAAUAAACUAGGAGAUUCAGGAGUGAAUCUGCUCUCUGGUGUACUGAAAGAUAUUAAUUGUAAACUGAAGAAACUGAAGUUGAGUAAUUGUGGUGUCACAGGUGAAGGUUGUGCUGCUCUGGCUUCUUCUCUGAAAUCAAACCCCUCACACCUUAGAGAACUGGAUCUGACUGGAAAUAAACUAGGAGACUCAGGAGUGAAGCAGCUUUCUGAUCUACUGCAGGAUCCUCUCUGCAAACUGAAAAUACUGAGUCAUAACUUUCUACUAAUCCAAAGAAUGCUUAAAUUAAAUCUGAAGAAGAAGUGUCAGUGUCUGUAUGAAGAAACAGCAAACCAGGGAAACCCAACACUCCUGACAGAGACCUGCACAGAGCUCUACAUCACAGAGAGUGAAAGAGGAGAGAUCAAUAAUGAGCAUGAGGUGAGACAGAUUGAGACACAAUCCAGGAGAGCAGCAACCGAGGACACACCAAUCAAAUCCAGUGACAUCUUUAGAACUUUACCUGGACAAGACAAAGCCAUCAGAACUGUGCUGACAAAAGGAGUUGCUGGCAUUGGAAAAACAGUUUCUGUGCAGAAGUUCAUAGUGGACUGGGCUGAAGGGAAAGAGAAUCAGGACAUCCAACUUACAUUUCCACUUCCUUUCAGAGAGCUCAACUUGAUGAAGGACAAAACACUCAGUCUUUCAGAUCUUCUUUGUAUCUUUUUCCCUGACACAAAAGAAAUGAAAAUAUCCGGUGAUGAAUAUAAAGUGUUGUUCAUCUUUGAUGGUCUGGAUGAGUGUCGUCUGUCUCUGGAUUUUCAGAGUGAUGUGAGGUUAUGUGAUGUAAGUGAAUCAGCCUCAGUGAACGUGCUGCUAAUGAACCUCAUUGUGGGGAAUCUGCUUCCCUCUGCUCUAAUCUGGAUCACCUCCAGACCAGCAGCAGCUGAUCUCAUCCCCUCUGAGUGUGUCCAACGAGUGACAGAGGUACGAGGCUUCAAUGAUCCACAGAAGGAGGAAUACUUCAGGAAGAGAAUCAGUGAUCAGAGUCUGGCUGACAGGAUCAUCUCACACCUGAAGUCAUCAAGGAGCCUCUUCAUCAUGUGCCACAUCCCAGUCUUCUGCUGGAUCUCAGCCACUGUUCUGGAGAAGAUGUUGAGUGGAGCAGAGAGCGGAGAGAUUCCCAAGACUCUCACUCAAAUCUACACACACUUCCUGAUCCUUCAGACCCGCAUCAAACAUGAGAAGGACUAUAAGAAGAAAGUCAAAUAUGAAGACUUGAUUGUCAAACUGGGGAAACUUGCUUUUGAGCAGCUUCAGAAAGGCAACCUGAUCUUCUACGAGGAAGACCUGAGAGAGUGUGGCAUUGAUGAGACAGAAGCAACAGUGUACUCAGGAUUGUGCACUCAGAUCUUCAGAGAGGAGUUCGGCUUGUAUCAGGGGAAAGUCUUCUGUUUUGUUCAUCUGAGUAUCCAGGAACAUCUAGCAGCUCUAUAUGCACACUGCUCCUUUACAAAUGACAAUAUCAGUGUCUUUGAACAAACCAUAGAGACUUUGUUUUCCCAAAUUUUAAUCCAGAAGAAGCCUAUUUCAUUAUAUGAGCUGCAUCAGAGAGCUGUGGAUGAAGCUUUACAGAGUAAGAAUGGACAUCUGGAUCUUUUCCUGCGUUUUUUUCUGUGUCUCUCACUGGAGUCCAAUCAGACUCUCUUACGUGAACUACUGACACAGACAAUAAGCUGCCCCUACAAAAAAGAGGAAACAGUUCAGUUCAUUAAGCAGAAGAUUAGGAAUAAUCAGUCUCCAGAGAGAUCCAUCAAUCUGUUCCACUGUCUGAAUGAACUGGGUGAUGAUUCACUGAUGCAGGAGAUCCAAGAUUAUCUUAAAUCUGGAAAAAUAGGAAAAACCAAACUCUCCUCUUCACAGUGGUCAGCUCUGGUUUAUGUGUUGCUGACAUCAGAGCAGAAGAUAGAUGAGUUUAAUGUAAAACAGUUUAUUGGAGCCCAAAAUAAAGCAGAUGAAGUUCUUCAGAAGCUGCUGCCUGUGGUUAAAGAAUCCAGAUCUGUUCAGUUGGUUUGUUGUGAAGUCACAGUUGAAGGUUGUGCUGCUCUGGCUUCAGCUCUGAGAUCAAACCCCUCAUACCUGAGAGAACUGGAUCUGUCUGGAAAUAUACUAGGAGCUUCAGAAAUGAAUCUGCUUUCUGAUGGCCUGAGGGAUCUUCACUGUAAACUAGAAACACUUUGGUUGUGUAAGUGUGGUGUCACAGAUGAAGGUUUUGCUGCUCUGGUUUCCGCUCUGAGAUCAAACCCCUCACACAUGAGAAAACUGGAUCUGUCUGGAAAUGAACCAGGAGUGUCAGGAGUGAAUCUACUCUCUGAUCUAUUGAAGGAUCCUCACUGUAAAUUAGAGAUACUGAGGGUGAGUUAUUGUGGAGUCACAGAUGAAGGUUGUGCUGCUCUGGCUUCAGCUCUGAGAUCAAACUCCUCACACCUGAGAGAACUGAAGUUGUCUGGAAAUACAGGAGUAAAUCUGCUCUCUGCUGGACUGAAGGAUCCUGACUGUAAACUGGAAAUACUGUGGUUGAGGUAUUGUGGAGUCACAGAUGGAGGUUGUGCUGCUCUGGCUUCAGCUCUGGGAUCAAACCCCUCACACCUGAGAGAACUGAAUCUGUCUGGAAAUAAACUAGGAGAUUCAGGAUUGAAGCUGAUAUCUGAUAUACUGAAGGAUCCUCAAUGUAAUCUACAAAAACUCUGGUUGAGUAAUUGUGGAAUCACAGAUUGCGCUGCUCUGGCUUCAGCUCUGAGAUCAAACCCCUCACACCUGAGAGAACUGGAUCUGACUGGAAAUGAACUAAGAAAUUCAGAUGUGAAUCUGCUUUCUGAUAUGAAAGAUGAUUCACAUUAUGGACUGCAGAAGCUUCUGUUUUAGACAUUAGUCUGAUCUUCUCUGGAUCAGCUGAUGGUAAAUAAAGAGCCUCUACAGACAGACAUUCAAUCAGACAUUCAAUCACAUUCAACAGAAUCAACAGACACAGAAUUCAUAGUGACCAGAACA